GCCCACCAGGCUGCUUCAGAGUGGCAGCGGCAGGGACCAAUUAAAAGGCUAAGCUUGGGCGUCGACCCAAUGAGCGUGGCGAGGGGCGGGAAGGGUCGGGGCCGGUCCGGGCGGCGGCAGCAGCGGCAGGGGGCGGCUGGCAGGCAGCUGCAGAGGGGCGGCCUGGCCUGGCCUGGCCUGGCUUGUCCUAUUGGGGCGCAGGUGGCGGCUCCGGGACGAUGUCGCUGCAGUAUGGCGGGGGGGACGAGGCGCCGCUCUCCGGUAGCUACGGUGCGGCCGACUCUUUCCCCAAGGACUUUGGCUACGGCGUGGAGGAGGAGGAGGAGGAGGCUGCCGUGGUGGCGGCGGCGGGCGGAGGCUCGGCCGGGCCGGGGGCGGGCGGCGGCUGCGGCGCGGGCGGCGGCGACAGCUCCAAGCCGCGGAUCUUGCUUAUGGGGCUCCGGCGCAGCGGCAAGUCGUCCAUCCAGAAGGUGGUGUUUCAUAAAAUGUCACCCAACGAGACCCUCUUUUUGGAAAGCACCAACAAAAUUUACAAAGAUGACAUUUCCAAUAGCUCCUUUGUGAAUUUCCAGAUAUGGGACUUUCCUGGGCAAAUGGACUUUUUUGAUCCAACCUUUGACUAUGAGAUGAUCUUCAGGGGCACAGGGGCAUUAAUAUAUGUCAUUGAUGCACAGGAUGACUACAUGGAGGCUUUAACAAGACUUCACAUCACUGUUUCUAAAGCCUACAAAGUUAAUCCAGAGAUGAACUUUGAAGUCUUUAUUCAUAAAGUUGAUGGCUUGUCUGAUGAUCAUAAAAUAGAAACUCAGAGGGACAUUCAUCAGCGGGCCAAUGAUGACCUUGCAGAUGCUGGUCUAGAAAAACUCCAUCUUAGCUUUUAUUUGACUAGUAUCUAUGAUCAUUCAAUAUUUGAAGCCUUUAGUAAGGUGGUGCAGAAGCUCAUUCCACAACUGCCGACCUUGGAAAACCUAUUAAAUAUCUUUAUAUCCAAUUCAGGUAUUGAAAAAGCUUUUCUCUUCGAUGUUGUCAGUAAAAUCUACAUUGCAACAGAUAGCUCCCCUGUGGAUAUGCAGUCAUAUGAACUGUGCUGUGACAUGAUUGAUGUUGUAAUUGAUGUUUCUUGUAUAUAUGGGUUAAAGGAAGAUGGCAGUGGAAGUGCAUAUGAUAAAGAAUCUAUGGCAAUUAUCAAACUAAAUAACACAACUGUCCUUUAUUUAAAGGAAGUGACAAAAUUUUUGGCACUGGUCUGCAUUCUUAGGGAAGAAAGCUUUGAACGUAAAGGUUUAAUAGACUACAACUUCCACUGUUUCCGCAAAGCAAUUCAUGAAGUUUUUGAGGUGGGUGUGACCUCUCACAGAGCCUGCAGCCAUCAAGCCAACCCCUGUGCCAUGAAAGCAGUGACUCACAAUGGCGCACCAAGAAGCGCUGUCUAGUGGGAAGUGCUUAAGGAGCUCUUCCCUGGCCCUUUCUCCAAACUUGAGUCAGAUGCCGUAUACGACAAGACCAGCAAUAGCUGGGGUUCGUGGAAAUCUGGUACCAGUUCCAGUGGAUAGAGGGGUUUAUUUUCUGAUUUGGAUAAAAACCCCUUCAACUGGUGUUGCACAACUGAAGCUACUGUGUUUCUUAAAAAACAAAAACAAAAAAGCAAAAAACAGAAAAUGAAAAAAAAAAAAACAUUUGAGGCCACUGAAGGUUAACAUUGGAAACUCCAAGUUUUUUUGAGUGUGUGUGUUUUCUCUUUUAAGUCCUCCUUUAGUAAUUUGAGUAUAUCAGACUUGGAGACAAAAGCAAGUUAAACUCCUCCUUUCAAUGGAGAGUUUCAGUGAUUGCCAUUUGAGUAUAAUGGAAAAGAUUGACUUACCCUAAGCUUUACCUUAAGUUGUCAUUUGAUUAGUCUAAAAUACCCUGCCUUGCUUGAGUGCUAACACUGCCUCUCCAGUUCCAAUGGUGGACGCCACACACCGAAAACCAACCCACUAAUGCACUUGCUCUCUAACUCAGAAGACAUACGUGAUUGCAUCGAAAGACAUUUCACUUUUCUUUCUUGAAGAAAUGCAAGAAAAUUCCAACCCUUGUCAACUGGAAUGCAGGGCUCAACUAUAGCUACCCAUCUUUAAAGUAUUGAGGAAAAAGCUUUGAGACUAUAGAGAAAUUUCGCACUUGAGUUUUGGGUACCAACAUGGCUUGUUUCUCUCUCCUGAAGAUGACAGAUGACCACAAUUUUCACUUUCACGAUCAGGAUUUAAUGUAACGAGAAUAUUUUUAACUUGAUUUCAUAUUUCACUCUUCUGAGAAAGAAGUAUUCAUCAUGUCAUGGAAACAUUUAGCUCACCCUUCCUUAACCUUAUUCUGGCUACCUUGAUAGGAGCAAAAAAAAUAUAUGUAUGUAUGUAUAUUUUUUUUUCUCGGAUUAUAGAUGUUUCUAUUUCUAGUUGCUGCUGUUUGCCAGACUGAUCCAGAAGGCAUCAACAGCUUGUACCAUGCUGGAUUCACUGCGGUCUGUUUGGGAAUGGGAGAGAGAGCACGUGGUCCCAAGCCUGUGUUUGGUUUACAUUCUUUGUCUCCAGUAUUCUGACACCAAGUGUCAAAUGUGGUACUUUUCUUUACCCCUGAUAUUAAUUCUUGAUCGUUUUCUUGAUGGUGGUUGAAAUCUUUUCAGUUGAUUGAAAUUUGCAUAUUGUUUUCCUCCAGAUGCCCAAUAGUUAUAUGUUUAAAAGCCACUGGACCACUUGAGUACAUAAGUGCCACUGUUAUAAUAAAUCUGUAUAUUAAGUUCUGUAAGCCUAACAGUGAGACUUGGAGUGCUUUCUGCAGACGAUUCUGAUUGUUGAGUAUUUACAUGGACCAUGGUGAUAUCCAAAAGAAAAAAUGCUUUUAUAUUUAUAGAUUCUUUCACUGAACUAUAUCAAAUGGGUAUCAAUAAAUGUCUUUACUCCAA